AUGAAUGGCGAGAAUAGGACUGAAAGCCUUGACCUUGACAGCAUCUACAAGCUCCAUCAGGAGAAAUACCUCAACAUCCUUGUGAUGUGUUCCGCUAACUGUAUCAUUGAACUCCUCCGUCAGGCCCAUCUGGCGGAGACAGACAGGAAGAAGGAUGAGAAACAGGUGGUGUCCAGAUGGCUGGCCAUACCUACUUCAGGGGCUGUGAAGGACAUCGCGACAACUCGUGAGACCAUCGCGACAACUCAGUUGAUCAUUUUCGAGGCCAACAACAUCCACCAUUUUUCUUGUGAUAGCCCGCCGUUUGUGAUCCGAAGAGUGAUGAAUGAUACCGUCAUCUACAGCGGAGUCUGCAUAGAUCUACUAAACGAACUAGCACGGAGGCUGUAUUUCAGUUUCACCAUUGUGGAGCCAGAAGAUGGUGAAUGGGGAAAUCUGGUCGACGGCAAAUGGACAGGUCUGGUUGGACAGCUUGUUGAAAAGAAAGCAGAUUUGGUUGUUGCUCCUAUUGCAGUCACCAAAUCACGAGAGGAAGUUAUCGACUUCACUGUACCGUACUUCUACGUCAAAACGGGCAUCAUCAUAAAGACGCCAUCAGCAACAACAUUGUUUACGCUUAUCUCCCCUUUCCACUACAAGGUCCACAUGUGUUUAGCCAUAGCACUCGUCCUGUCAAUGACUUUCGUACUGAUCCUGGAAGUGCUGACUUCGAAAUGUUUUCUGUACAGGCCAGUUGAUAAACUGAGACGUUACGGUGAUGCAGGCUUUAACAUCUUUGGCUCCCUCGUGAAUCAGGGAAGUAAUUACACACCAUCGAUGGCGUCGUCGCGGAUCCUGCUGAGUGCCUGGCUGCUGUUCACGGUAAUCCUCUCAGCCACUUACAGUGGGAACCUAAUAGCCUCCAUUACUGGCGGGAAGCAGAAGCUUCCUUUCUCCACCCUUGCAGAGUUGGCUCAACAGGACACUUAUACCUGGGGCUUCGACGGGGGAUCGAACUACCUUUCUCUUUUCAGGGACUCCAACCUCAGUGACUACCAGGCCAUAUGGCAGGGUAUGCAGACCAACAGGGAGGACACAGAUGUGAUGAGCAUCGAUAAUGACGUACACCUGCGUAGAGUACUGCAAGGCCGCUAUGCGUACAUUGGGGACGAAACCUUUUUCGAGCUUUGGAAAGGCAUGAGUUGUGACUUGCAAAUGGUGGAACAACAGUUUGACUUAUUGCAGUUUGCACUUGGUCUGCCAAAAAACAGUACAAACACCAAGGUCUUCUCAAAUGAGUAA